GGUUCCUGUUGUGUGUUGAGCCAGUGUGUGGUGGAAGAGAUUAAAAUAAAGAGAAGUUGAAAGGGUGAGACUGUCUCAAUGCACGAGAGGAACUAAAGCAAGCCAGUCAGAUCUUCUAAGAAAGGAUGGCUGUUAUUGAUGCCGUGCUGGAUCGUCUGCUAGAUGGACUCCUGGGUCUGGGUCGUCUCCUGUCUCCUCUCUGCUCCCUCUUUGUUCUCCUCCAGCUCUCUGCUCUGGUUGUCCUCCUCCUCCUGUCCCUCCGUGUCGUCUGUCUGCUGUGGAGCCAUGCUCAGUUCACCAGGCGUCUCCGGUGCUUUAGUAAACCCCCCACACAAAACUGGCUGAUGGGACACCUGGGAGAGAUGCGGAGCACGGAGGAGGGCCUGCAGGCGGUGGAUCAGUUGGUAAGAACCUACAGCCACUCCUGCUCCUGGUUUCUGGGCCCCUUCUACUCCCUGGUACGACUCUUCCACCCUGACUACAUCAAGCCUCUGCUGCUGGCACCAGCUUCCAUCACAGUCAAAGAUGAGCUUUUCUAUGGGUUCCUGAGACCAUGGCUGGGACAGAGUCUUCUCCUGAGUAACGGAGAGGACUGGUCUCGUCGUAGACGUCUACUCACUCCUGCAUUCCACUUUCGACAUCCUCAGAACUAUGUGAAGAUCUUCAACCACUCCUCCGACAUCAUGCAUUCUAAGUGGCGCCGCCUGGUGGCCGAGGGAGAGAGCCGCCAGGACAUGUUCAAUCACAUCAGCCUGAUGACUCUGGACAGUCUGCUCAGAUGUACCUUCAGCUACAACAGCAACUGCCAGGAGAGUUCCAGUGAGUACAUAGCAGCCAUAUUUGAGCUGAGUACCUUGGUGAUCGAGCGGAGAGGACGUAUCCUGCACCACUGGGACUGUCUGUACUGGAGGUCCCCAGAGGGACAGCGCUUCAAACAGGCCUGUAGUGUAGUACACGGGUUCACCAGGACUGUUGUCCAGGAGCGCAGAGCACAGCUUCUCCACCGGGGGGAGCCAGAGAGCCACACUGACACCACAGGAGGGGAGGAGAAGAAGAAGAAAAGAGUAGCAGACUUCAUUGAUUUGUUACUGCUGUCAAAGGAUGAGGAUGGUCAUGGUCUCACAGAUGAGGAGAUAAAAGCAGAGGCAGACACUUUCAUGUUUGGAGGUCAUGACACCACGGCCAGCGGGAUCAGCUGGGUUCUGUAUAACCUGUCUCAGCAUCAGGACUACCAGGACCGCUGUAGAGCCGAGGUCAACGACCUGCUACAAGACCGAAAGACAGAUGACUUAGACUGGGAGGACCUGAGCAGCCUCCCCUUCACCACCAUGUGUAUUAAAGAGUCUCUGAGACUGCACUCCCCCGUGUCUGCUGUCACCAGACGAUACACGAAGGACAUGACGGUGCCAGGUGGACGGGUCAUACCACAGGGUAGCAUCUGUCUGGUGAGCAUCUAUGGGACCCAUCACAACCCUGAGAUCUGGCCUGACCCAGACGUCUACAACCCCAUGCGCUUCGACCCUGAGAACUCAAAGGACCGUUCAUCCCAUGCCUUCAUACCUUUCUCUUCAGGACCUAGGAACUGUAUAGGUCAGAAGUUUGCCAUGGCGGAGCUGCGUGUGGUGGUGGCGCUGACCUUGAGGAGGUUCCGUUUGACCCCAGGGGGGGUGGAGGUGAGGAGGCUACCCCAGCUGGUUCUCAGAGCCGAGGGGGGGCUGUGGCUGACGCUGGAGACCCUAGACGCCCCCCAGGACUAACCCCUGAACUCCUCUCUCCUUUAUGGAUCAGACAUAGAGAAAACUGAUUUUAUGAUUUUACUGUAUAAACAUACGCUGAGUAUACGAAACGUUAAGAACACCUUAACACAGUAAAAUACAUAGGCCUAAAGCCUACAAAUAAACAAGAAUACAUAGGCCUAAAGCCUACAAAUAAACAAUAGAAUACAUAGGCCUAAAGCUGAAAAAAUGAAAAUAGCAAAAUAUCCUGAUGAAAAUGCAGGUUCUCAUGAAUCGCCUCCCUUUCCAUCUGUCUUGACUUGAACCAGGACAGAGAAACCACAUACUCUCAAUGCUCUCUCAGAUGGAUAUAAAAUUAACCCCUUACUUGUUGUUUCUCACAAGUGUAUCAGGUUGUAAACUCUGCAAACAACGUUUUUCCACUCCGGGAAGGAGAACAGUAAAUUACUGUAAAUACAUGCAUUAACAGAAAUGUAACCAAAUGACGGGAUAAACGGUACAUCUACUAUGCCUACUGGUUACAUAUAUGAUGGAGAAUUGAACAAAACAAACAAUCGAAGAGCAAACAAUUCACAACAAUGAAUGUGCAAUAAUUGUCAGGAGACCGCAGGGGGAACAUUCUGGAGAGAGACGCCCAUAUCUUCGCGACACAUCCCUCCCCUACUUCUUGUUGCAACAUUUUUAAAUUAGUCUCGAGAAACAUUAUCUUCACACAUUUUUAGAUGUUUUUCACUGAUAGCCACAACUCAAUAAUCAGCGAGGUCUAUUGCCAUGCGCGCUCGCCAAAUUGCUGGUUUCCCAAAUAGGAAUAGGCAAACAAUCCAUAGCUAUUUUUAUUUAACUAGUUAAGAACAAAAUCUUAUUUACAAUGACGGCCUAGGAACAGUGAGUUAACUGCCUUGUUCAGAGGCAGAACAACAGAUGUUUACCUUGUCAGCUCUGGGGAUUCGAUCGAGCAACUUUUCGGUUACUAGUCCAACGCUCUACCCCCCAGGCUACCUGCCGUUUAGCUCUCUGGUAAAGUAUUCAGAAUUAUUAUAUUUGGGGGGAACAAUCUGUCGAUGUGCCCUUGAGCAAGGCACUUAACUCAAGUCACUCUGGAUAAGAGCGUCUGCUAAAGUGUGAAAUGGGUCAGCAUCCCUGUAGAUGUAGAGUCCAUGCACAAACAUCUGAAGCUGUUCUGAGGGCAAAAGGGGGAGGUGCAACUCAAUAUCAGGAAGAGGGUGUUCCUAAUGUUUUGUCCGCUCAGUGUAUGUCAGAUGUAUUAGAACAUAAAUACACAUAGAAACAUCUCAAUGCACGGUGGAUGUAGGUCGGCCUACUGGAUGUAUGUGAACAUAAAUACACAUAGAAACAUCUCAAUGCACGGUGAAUGUAGGUCGGCCUACUGAAUGUAUGUGAACAUAAAUACACAUAGAAACAUCUCAAUGCACGGUGGAUGUAGGUCGGCCUACUGGAUGUAUGUGAACAUAAAUACACAUAGAAACAUCUCAAUGCACGGUGAAUGUAGGUCGGCCUACUGAAUGUAUGUGAACAUAAAUACACAUAGAAACAUCUCAAUGCACGGUGGAUGUAGGUCGGCCUACUGGAUGUAUGUGAACAUAAAUACACAUAGAAACAUCUCAAUGCACGGUGAAUGUAGGUCGGCCUACUGGAUGUAUGUGAACAUAAAUACACAUAGAAACAUCUCAAUGCACGGUGGAUGUAGGUCGGCCUACUGGAUGUAUGUGAACAUAAAUACACAUAGAAACAUCUCAAUGCAUGGUGGAUGUAGGUCGGCCUACUGGAUGUAUGUGAACAUAAAUACACAUAGAAACAUCUCAAUGCACGGUGAAUGUAGGUCGGCCUACUGAAUGUAUGUGAACAUAAAUACACAUAGAAACAUCUCAAUGCACGGUGAAUGUAGGUCGGCCUACUGAAUGUAUGUGAACAUAAAUUCAUUAAGUACUUUUCACCUGAAUUGUUAAUGUGAUUUUUGUAAGCUAUUUUUUUUUCCCAGUGUGAGUGCAUUGUUAUUUUGAGAUUCAAUAAACAUAGCCUUGAUGAGUACUGUGCUAAUAUGUGAACCAGAAGCCUCUGCUCUGAUCUGGCUUUACUCUUUUUGAA